ACAUCUGAAAAAACAAACAACACCUUAGUUCUAGAAUUGAUUUUCUUGAAGUUUCCUUUUUAUUUUCAAAACAUGAAGGGCUUAAAUGGCAAUUAAAGAAAUCGAUGAUACAUAUAUAUAUUAGAUACCCAGUUACUCAUGCAGUUAGUUAUUUGGUUUUGCGUUAGGGUUUGUUCGCUAUGGCUCGUACAAUUACUCAUCGUCGCGGAUAUAAUUAUCUAUCCAGAAACAGACUCUCGAGGGAACAAGCGGCUACGAUAAACGAGUCGUUUGCCAGAAUGCGGCAUAGUAUACGCGAAAAAUAUCGCAAGAAGAAAAUCAUCAAGAGACCUAGAACAAAUUAUUCAGGCACAGAACCUGUUACUGUUUAUGUAGUGCUACCGUUGGGGAUCAUCAACAUGCAAUGUGAGCUGGUUUAUAGUCCUGAUGAUCUGAUGAGUCAACUAACAACACUCGAGUCAAUUGGAGUUGAUGGUAUAACCGUUAAUAUCUGGUGGGGAAUUGUUGAGGCCAACAAGCCCCGAGACUACAAUUGGGAAGGUUACAAGCAACUCUUUUCGAUAAUCCGUCAGUUGGGUUUUAAGAUACAGGUUUUAAUGUCAUUUCAUGAAUGUGUUGUUGAUGAUGCUCACAUUCCAUUGCCUAAAUGGAUUAAAGAGAUUGGCCAAAACAACCCAGAUAUCUAUUUCAAAGACAGUGUAGGAAGACGAAACACUGAAACCCUUUCUUGGGGAAUUGAUGAGGAGCGUGUUUUGGGAGACCGUACUGCUGUGGAGGUAUACACUGACUAUAUGAGAAGCUUUCGGGAUGAAUUUGAUGAAUUAUUCCAGGAUUUAAGCAUUUUCAAGGUUGAAGUUGGUUUAGGUGCUUGCGGAGAAUUGCGUUACCCCCCAUCUUUCUCUGGUGAAUUCCAGUGCUAUGAUAAAUACCUAAGAAAGUCUCUUGAGAAAGCUGCAGAAACAGCACAAGACUCUAGUUGGGGUACACCACCUGAUUGUUCAACAUUCUAUUGUGACGAUCAUGACUACGAUAGCCCGCGUGGUACCUUUUUUUUAAAAUGGUACUCCCAAUAUCUCAUUGAUCAUGGUGUCAGGGUACUAAAGAUGGCUGUGCCGUUAUUUGAACCUGCUCAGACUUAUGUAAAGUUAUCAAGUAUGCAUUCGGGGUACGCAACUGACAACCAGGCUGAACGGGCAGCUGGAUUCUAUGAUGGCUAUGAUCCAAUUGGUACAAUGUUAAGGUGGCAUGAUGCUCAUUUAAACUUUACAUGUGUUGAACCCGAUGAGUUUGUUUGCAAGGUAGAGGAGGCUGGAUGGGUUUCUGGUAUAGCUGUUUCAGGUCAAAACGCGUUUCCAUGCUAUGAUAGGCAAGGAUACGGGAAGAUACUAGAAGUUGCAAAACCAAGAAAUGACCCUUUUGAUAGAUGUAUAUAUUCUUUUACCUACCGUGGCCUCGAUCAAACUCUCCUUGAACAACACAACUUAAGAGAAUUUGAACUCUUUGUCAAGAAAAUGCAUGGAACCAUAAAGAAAUAUGAAGAUCUCAUUCUUGAUGAUCCUGUUGCUUUGCGCACUAGAGCGGGAUUAAAGAAAUCUGAACGUGUUUGAUGCCUAAAUUUUCGAUAACUUGUUUAGUGUUUAAUGUUUGAUCUUUGGACAACUUGUUCCUAAAGGUCAAACCAUGUGACUAUUGGUGAUGAUUUGCUUUUUAUUUUCAACCCUUUGGGUUUUGGUUU